CCACACAACGCCUCUUUGGUGGUGCUUCGCUUGUCUUUCUCUCUCCUUCUCUUUCAUUCUCUCUCUAUAACACGAAUGGCAGCAAGAUCCUGCUCUUCCUUCCUUCCUCCUGCUGUCAGGGAUUCGGGCGACGCUUUUUAGGGUUGUUGCCGCCGGGAUUUGCUUCGAUCAUGUUGACUCACAUAUGCCGCUCGCCGAAUUCCUUGAACUUCUCGCCAUCACUGGGUUUCCAGACGACGUCUCCGGCGUGUUUUUCUCGUGGUUCGAGGACCAGGUGCGCCCUCACCUCGCGUCGGUCGUUCGGGACGUCGCCCCUUGGGUUGAGGAGCUUCGGCGAGAGCAGCGCCGGAGGAUAUGGCGGGGAGGGACCGAGGCGCCAUUCUGUCGUCUGCAGAGUCGCUAGUGUGAGCGAGAGCGAGUUCGCGGAGGAGGUUUUAGGGUCGGACCUCCCGGUCCUCGUCGAGUUCGUGGCCGAUUGGUGCGGGCCGUGCCGCCUCAUGUCGUCGACGGUCCAUUGGGCUUCGGAGGAGUACAAGGGCAGAUUAAAGGUUGUCAAGAUCGAUCAUGACCAGAAUCCCCAACUUAUCCAAGAGUAUAAGGUUUUUGGCUUGCCGUCUUUCAUUCUUUUCAAGAAUGGGCAGGAAGUUCCAGGAAGUCGAAUGGAAGGUGCAAUAACAAAGGAUAAACUAAAGGAUUACAUUGACAAUCUCCUGGUUUCUGUUAAAGUAACGUAAUCCAUGGAUAUCCUUCUCUUGUAGCUGUCAAAAGGAUUCAAUCACCUGAGUGUACUACCUGAUUUUUCUCUCACCAGCUGAAUGAGAUUGUGUUGUUUUCCCAUUCUUUCUUCUGAUACAACUGUCGAUCAUCUUGAGUUUAAUUAUCAACAAUGUGUUGCAGGCCAUAGUUGUGCUAUUGUUGAAUGAAAAUUAAAUUUUUAUUGUGCAUAAA